UAACACUUCACCGUAUAACCUCAGCAGUCCUAGGCUGCACCUUCCCUCGUAGCAGGCGGCCUGUGCUUAUGUCAUCUGUGUCUUCCAACUUAAAGGUGAAGCCACCUGUUCAUGAACAGAUUCCCUCCGCUCAGACUAAGGAUGAAAUGCAAGAUGUUUAACAGGCACAAUACAGGGGAGAUCACGACCACUGAGCAAAAUGCAAGCAGUAACAGCCUUCUGAGACAACGUCACCCUGGCCUGCAGGACCAUCUCGCCUGUCCACCCACAGUGCUGACAGCUGGUGCUGAAUACUGGAGAAGCGAUGUGACAGGCCCCAUGGUAUAACAAGUUUUCCUCAUGGGGGUUAGAGGAGGAAUAUAAAGUCUGCAAAUGGAUACUCCCUGGAUUUCCACUAAAUGAGAAAAUGCCCAGAGAGGGGAGACACAAUUGAGAUCUCAUUCCAACCAAUGAAUAUUCUUUCCUGAGGUUAAAAAUUUAUGCUGGAGUUUUCGGCACCGACUGUACUGCCUGUUCCCCGUCCACCCUUCUCCCUCGCCGGUGUCCUCAGCUGCGGAGUGGAAGCAAGAAGAGGCACGUGGGGGACAGACUGGGACAAACCUGGUCCCCCGCUCUCCUGGCCCGGUGGGCCUGUCAUGGCGGCCCGGCGACAGCUCUCCGCUAGCAGAGCAAGAAGAAUGAAAAGGUCUCGGGGGUCAGGGCUGCCCAGACCCCCGCCCCGCCUGCGCCCUGCCAGGCUCGCCCCGAGGGAGCGCCGGAUCACAUGGAUCCCGCCUCCCGCGACGUGGAUCCGCCCCGACCUCCGGCUCAGCCUCGCGCUCCGGCGCCCACCUGGGAAGCCGGCGGCCGGAGCCUCGGGAGCCGGCAGCCAGGCCCCCGCGCGGGCGGCGCGGGCCCCCAGCCAGCGCCCCCCGGCCCCCGGGCCGCGAGCGGGGCCCGCCCGGCGCCCUCCCCGCCCCCUCCGCGCCUCGCCCCGCCGCCCGCGGCCCCCACCCACCCGCGGCGAGGCCACCGCACCUGCAGCGCGCUCGGGCUGCCGAACCGGCACCUCGCCUCCCGCCGCCCGGUCUCCUUCUCCCCCCGCGCCGGGUCUCCCAUGA